AUGGAAAUCACUACAAAAUCAUCAACAACAACUGAUGAUUUAAAUAAUAAUAAUAAUAAAACAGUAACACCAAUAAAAUCAGAAAAUAGUGCAACUGGUCAUACAUCACCACCCAAUAAUUCAACAACAACAACAACUUCAUCAACAUCAGCACAACCAAUAACAGUAUUACCCACAGAGAUUAUUAAAACAUUUGAACAUUUAUUAAGAAAAUCACAAAGAUUAUUUAUAGGAUUAAGAGAUCUUCCACAAUUUGGUAGACAAUGGCAACCAUUCUUUCAAAAAACAUUUGAACUCUAUACAAAAUUAUGGAAAUUUCAACAACAAUAUCGUUCAAUUCUUGAAGAUAAAUCAAAAUAUGGUCUAAAAAGAUGUGAAAUUGGUGAAAUCGCUUCAAAAAUUGGACAAUUAUAUUAUCAUUAUUAUUUAAGAACUAGUGACACAAAUUAUUUAAAUGAAUCAUAUAUAUUUUAUGAAGCUAUUAGAUUAAGAUCAUAUUUUAAAGAUGUUUCAUUAGAUAAAACACCAGAUAUGAUGGUUAAACAAUUACGUUACUAUGCAAGAUUCAUUGUAGUUUGUUUAUUAUUAAAUAAAAAGAAAGUAGUAUUCGAUUUAAUUGAAGAGUUAUUAAAACAUGUUAAUGAUUAUACUAAAAUUUAUAAACCAUCUGAUGCUCAAGAAUGGAGUUUAGUAUUACAAGAAAUCUUUUCUUUCUUACAAGCUGAUCAAUGUGCAACUUUCUCUGAUACAAAUCAAUCACCAUCUUUAACAAAUAGUGGUAAUAUUAUAAAUAAUAAUAGCAAUAGCAACAAUAAUAAUGGUGAACAUACAAAUAAUACAGUUCAAUCACAUCGUUUAAAUCAUUUAAAUUGCCCAUCACCACCUUUCCCAUUAGAAUCUACUCAAAUUUUACAACAAGCAAUUUUAGUUGGAAGUCAACAAAAUCAAAUUAAAUUUAGUGAAAUUACAUUAGAUAUGUUUAGAAUGACACAAUCAUUAGAAUAUGAACCAAUGAGUGAAGCAAAAGAAAAUGAUAUGAAAUUAAAACAACAAUUAACAGCAUUACAACAACAACAACAACAACAAGCAGCAGAGGCAAAAGAAAAGAAUAAUGGAACAGAUCAACAAAACACAACAAUACCCUCACAACCACUUCAACAACAUUUACAUCAUCAACAACAACAACAACAAAAUGGUAAUGGUAGUGGAAUUAAGAAAAGGAAUCCACAUAAAUACUUAUUGUAUAGGCCAACAAUUUCACAAAUAUUAUUAUUUUUAUCAUAUUCAUUCAAGGAAUUGGGUGAUAAUAAAGCAAUGUUACUCUAUAUUUGUGCUGAUGGUUUCACAAAUGAAGAUAAUCAUGUAAAUCAACAUAUACAACCACCACCAUCAAUUCAACAAGAAACUGUACCAUCAUUGAUUGAUGAUUCAAAUACAAAUAUUCCAAUUACUACAACAGCAACAGCAACAAAUCCAUUAUAUAAUAAAUUGUUUACAAAAGGUUUAACAUUAAAUAUGCAAAAACCCUCACAAGCAAUAAAUUCACCAACAGUAAAUAAUAACAACAACAAUACUACAACAAAUGUAACAGUUCCAACCACUACAACAACAGCAACAAAUGUAACAGCUCAAACCACCACCACUACAACAACAACAAACUCAACUUCAACAUCAACAACAUCAAAUAUUCCAAUUUAUAAAUAUAAUGAAGCACCUUUCAAUACAAAGGUUGAAUCAUUAUAUCCAAUGGAUUUAUUACCAUUUUGUAGAAAACCAUUCUUUUUAAUUGUGAACUCUCAAUCAAGUGAUAUUUUCAAUGAACUUCCAACAUUUAAUCAACCAUUCGUUUCACUAUUAUCCCCACAAUCAAUACCAAAGAAAUUGGUAUCAAAUUUAAAAUGUGGUAAUUUAUUUACAUUCUUUUUACACGAUCCAAUUAGUGCUUUUUGUGAUAUCUCUUGUGGCAAUAAGAUACCAUCAAAAACAUUUAAUAACAUUAGUUUAUUGGCUCAAAACAGUUUAGAGAUCAUCUCAAAAUUAUUGUUUGAAUGUGUUGAUUUACAUCCAUCCUUUUCUUUCUUUUUAUUGGAUGAUUUCUUAAGAUCUUUCAUUAUUAGAUUUAUCUUUUGUCAUGCUACUUUUUAUUUACAUAAAGAGUUUCAAGAUAAUAUUUAUCAAGUUAAAUCAAAUCCACCAUUACCAAAGUCAUUACUUUAUAAUCAAUCAAUUUUAAAAUCAAUUCAUCAAUUGGUGAGUGAGUUGGAUGUUAGUGACCAAUUUUUGGGUUUAAACGAAAAUCGUUUAGUAAUUCAUGAAAAUUAA